CCGCUGAUCGCAUUUGGUGACCAAUCGUCCUCUAGUCAACACUAGCUACUUAAAAAAAAUAUAUAAUUUAUUAAUACCCACAAUCUACCAGAAAUUGUUGUGUGAAGUGCUGUGAAAAAAAUCAAUUUUAAAGUUCUUGGAAAAAAAUAUUAUAUCGCAGGAAUGGCUCGAGUGUGCAUCAUCGGAGCUGGUGCGGCUGGGCUCUGCGCAGCUCGUCAUCUCCUGGUAGAACCUUGCGUCAGUCAAGUGGACAUUUUGGAGCAAGCUGGUCAACUUGGCGGGACCUGGGUUUAUACGGAGAACACUGGCUACGAUGACUUUGGACUCCCUAUCCACACCAGCAUGUACAAGAGUUUAAGGACUAACCUCCCGAAAGAGAUCAUGGGGUUCCCUGAUUUCCCGAUACCUGAGAGCGAGAAGUCCUACCUACCAGCUAAGGAUAUGCUGGCCUUCCUCCAGAUGUACUCUGACAAACACGGAGUCACAGAACACAUUAAGUUCAAGCAUCACGUCCAGCUGGUGAUCCCCAAGCAGACGGAAUCAGGAGAGCUGUGGAAUGUCUCCUUCAAGGACCUGACUACUGGAGUGUCGGAGACCAGGGAAUAUGACUACAUGUUUGUCUGCAACGGCCACUACAACACUCCGUUCAUACCUGAUAUACCUGGACUUAAAACUUUUGAAGGUGACGUGAUGCAUAGCCACGACUACCGCGUCCCGGAAAUCUUCACCGGCAAGAAAGUUUUAGUCAUCGGAGCCGGUCCAUCAGGCAUGGACAUCGCCCUGGAGGUCACCAGCGUCUCCACCAAGGUCAUCUUGAGUCACCACCUGAAGGAACAACCUAAGACCGUGUUCCCCGAGAACUUGAUUCAGAAACCUGAUGUCGUCAAACUUGAAGGGGGAAAGGCUUUCUUUCAAGAUGGCGCUGUUGAAGAAGUGGAUGUUGUUUUCCUUUGCACGGGCUACCUGUACAACUUCCCAUUCCUCCACGAAUCCUGUGAGAUCGUGGUUGAAGACAACUGCGUCGAGCCCCUCUACAAGCACCUGGUCAACAUCAACCAUCCCAGCAUGUGCUUCAUCGGCGUGCCUUACUACGUCUGCGCCUUCUCCAUGUUUGAUCUUCAGGUCCGCUACUACGUGAGGUCAAUGAACGGCACCUUCAGCCUACCUACCCGGGAACAGAUGGUCGAGCACUGGGAGGAGGAGAAGCAAGACCGAGCGGCCCGCGGAUACACCAAGCGACAAGCGCAUAUGAUGGGGCCUGAUCAGGAGAAGUACUACGCGUCUCUCGCAGAGGAAGCAGGCACGAAAACCUUACCGUCGGUCCUUACCAAGAUCCGUGAAGAGAGUUCCAUCAGGUUCCUUCACAACCUGAAACACUACCGACAGGACAUCUACAAGAUAAUCGAUGAUGACACUUACGAAAUCAUUAGUAAUGGCACGAGGGAAAUACUUUGUUGACCUUACAAAGGUAACACGAGUUGCUGGGAGUUGGUUGGAAAACGUGACUUGCAGUUUCAAAAAAAAAAUUAUCAUGUUCUUUUUCAUCGUCGUGACAUUAUUAGAUAUUAUUUCAUUUCUAUAUCGCCCUCUUCUAGUAGUAGAUGUGAUUUUCCCCCUUCCCCCGCCGAGUCUUUAAAACACGUAAGCGCCAUUUUGAAAAAAACAUACAUGGAUAUAAUUUUUUCUUCACCCCCAUUCUAUCGAGUCUUUAGCCUUAAGUAACCGUAAGCCGCUAAGGAGUAGGAAUGAGAAUGCACAGACUGUCUCGCUCACAUUUACCUUUAAGCUGCACACAGAAUGAUUUUUAUAUGAAAUGUCCGGGGUGUGUCAUUACAUCAAUCAUAAUAAAUUAUAAUUAUAAAAAGUACAAAAAAUAAAAUGUGAAUUAUGUCUUCCAAUUCGAUUUCCAGCUUAGUUAUAAGAGUAGAAUAAGCCGUAGAUAGGGUAGAUAAAUUAAUAGAUUUAAGUAGAAAAUAGGUACGAAAAAUUCAUUGAAAAACCAAAAUGGCGGAAAUAUUUCAAGAUUUUUGUUAAUUUGCUCAAAAUCAAGAGAUCUGUGGCGAAAAUAAUGUACCAUAAGUUCCAUAUUAAUCUUUAGCCUAUUAUUGUUUAAGAUUUUAUUUAUUAUGACAUUGACAGUAGAUAUACGUAGUUAAUUUUAGACAAUUAUUAAUAUACUGUACCUAUCAAUAAUAAUAUUAUGAAUAAAACAAUUCUGGAUAAUCAUAA